CUCAUCAUGCCCGCAGCUACACCCCCUUCCCCGCCUCUAACCGGCACCGGCACCGGCACCGGCAUCACCAAACUCACCAACUGCCGUCUCAUCAUCGGCGACUCCCUCAUCCCAUCCGACCUCUUCAUCGACUCCCUAACCGGCAAAAUCCUCGAACCCUCGGACAACACCCUCCUCCCAAACGUCACCCUCGAUCUCCAAAACCGCAUCGUGUCCCCCGGCCUCAUCGACUGCCAACUCAACGGCGCCUUUGGCUUCAACUUUUCCACCCUCACCUCCUCCACCGAAUACCUCAAAAACAUCCACUCUCUCAACAAGAAACUCAUCCGCACCGGCGUAACUUCCUACCUCCCCACCUUAACCUCCCAGAAGCCUGAACUUUACCACUCCGCCCUUCCACACCUCGGUCCUCUCCCCGGUAUCUCCUCCUCCUCCAACCGCCACCACCACCGCAACCCCCCAAAUGGAUCCGAAUCCCUCGGCGCCCACGUCGAAGGCCCCUUCCUCUCUCCCCUCCAACACGGGAUCCACGACCCUUCCGUCCUGCGCGCCGCCCACUCCUUCGAAGACCUAGAACACGUCUACGGCUCUUCCAACCUUUCUUCCUCCUCCUCCUCCGGGUCCUCGGGAGGAGUAGAAGCAAACAUCAAAUUAAUCACCAUCGCUCCCGAACGCGGGUCCAUCGUGACCCUCAUCCCCGAGCUCGUCUCCCGCGGUAUCGUCGUCUCCAUAGGACACACCGAGACUUCCCUGGCUGUAGCUUCCGCGGCAGUCAAAGCGGGCGCAACGAUGAUCACCCACUUGUUCAACGCCAUGAGACCUCUGCAUCAUCGUGAACCGGGGGUGUUUGGUCUUUUGGGUUUGGCUGCACCUACAUCGCGGGAAGAAGAAGAUAAGACUUGCAAAAGACCCUAUUACGGCGUAAUAGCAGAUGGUAUCCACUUGCACCCCUUGUCCGUCUGUUUGGCGUAUAACUUGCACCCUAAGGGUUUUAUUUUGGUUACGGACGCGAUGCAUCUGGCGGGCAUGCCGGAUGGGAAGUACGAGUGGAUGAAUGGGGAGAAGAAGGAGUGGAUUGAGAAGAGGGGGAGUAAGCUUUGUAUUGCUGAGCCACCACUGCCGUCGUCGUCGUCGUCAUUGCCGCCGUCACCACCGUCGUCCCCACCACAAUCGCUAUUGGUGGGAAAACAAAAUGGUAUCCACGUCAAUGGCCAUGUCAAUGGUGGCCCGGGAAGAAGUCAGGGUGAGGAGGUAACAACCCAAAAUGGCAAUGGGGUAGAAAAGAAGAAGAAAUGUGGUGGAGGAGGAGGAAUAGCAGGUAGCUCAGCCACCCUCCUUGAAUGCGUGAACAAUGUCUUGCAAUGGACGGGGAUGCCGGUGCCCAAGGCGUUGGCGAGUGUGACUAGCACGCCGGCCGAGAUGCUGGGAUUGAAGGGCGUCAAGGGGAGUUUGAAGCCCGGGGCGGAUGCGGAUUUGGUGGUUUUUGAGGAAGUGGAAGUUGAGGUUGAGGAUCUGCUGGAUGGAAGCGGGAAGAUAAGCAGAAAGCAGUUGGUUGUUGAGGAGGUUUGGAAAUUUGGGGAGAGGGUGUUUGUUAGGGAUGGGACUGCUUUGGUGAGUUCGAAAUCAUAA